UCAAGUAUUUGAAUCGUAAAAACCAAAAUAUGAUAUUAUGAUGAUAAUUUACAGUAUAUAUUUUUAACGUGCGUGGCACACUGUCGAACAGUUUGCGAAUCGAAUUGAUAAAGAUUUAUUGUUUUGUUUUUGUAAAUAAGUACCAAGUAGUAAAUACUGCCAAAUAGUUAUCGCCCAAUUGGCAAUUUCCAUUAUAGUCACUACUCGACAAAUUUACGCGUUAACAGGUUACGGUGUAUAAUAUUAUACGCAUCUAUAAAUUACAACUAUUUGAAGUCGACGAUUGAAACCGACGCAACCUAAACGUACGAUUCUUUGACCCAUUUCACUGAUCGCUAGUGCAGGUGGUACAACACAGCGGUCAUGUGUAUGAUACGGGACAACGAUGAAAACUGUGACAGGUUUGUUUAUCCGUUACACAUACUGGACACUAUGGAAACUAUCGAUCUAACAAUGGACGAUUUGGCUGACGAUGAUGACUUUGUAGAAAUCACACAACGUGGUGACCUAUGGAACUAUCCAUACAACUUAUUGCCAUCUACUGAUGAAGAAGAACCGGCAAGAGGCUCUAUAAUUCAUGAGGAGGACAAUAAUGGAGAUAUUCAUAAUGCUGAUUCAAGUAACACUCAUGACUUGUCAAAUGGAAUAAACCAAAAUGCUAACAUACUGAGUGCUUCAGAAAAUAUUAAUAUUUCGGAAACCAGUGAUACUGAUCAUUCUAAUGAAGAAAGAGAAUUUGAAUUGAAUAUACCACAAAUAUUGUUAUCGAUGUCCAGAAUAUCAUAUAAUUUAUACAGUCAAAGUUGUAAAAAGGUUGAGAACCGCUAUUGUAGACAAUUUAUCUAGCACCGAACAUCGAGCAUCAGAAUAUAGUGAUCGAAUUGCGCAAUGGAGGUGACGGACUCGUAAAAGCGGUCAUCAGCAUGUACAUUGUGGACACUACGCAUAUGCUACACAGCAUAUAUAUUACGGUUUUAGACGUUCGACUCGUGUAAUAGGCGAUGAAGCAUGCCACAGGGUUUGCGAUAUUCGACAGGUUGGUCGCGAAAUGAUACGCCAUGUAGCCGUAUGGCAGACAUGAGAACGAUUGAAUGCUGGGCAACAGUCCGUUGGCAAAGAACACGAUCGCACCUUGUACAGCCAAUAACGACACGUUCAGACUAUGACUGCGGUUUUCGGUGCUCCCGACGCCGAUAUUCCGGCGCAGCUGGUCAUCCUCCGAUGGUAUCCGAAUUUUUUCCCUCUUGCAGGUCGGCAAGUAUUCCAGGCACAGAUAAGACACCGUGCUGGCGCACAUUAUCACGCCAAUGCCGAUGAAAAACGGACCGCUCGAGAAGAGCGCAUCUGUAGUCGACUUAACUUCCGACGUCCGCCCAUCCGGCAGCUCAACCGUCCGACAAGUGGUGGUGCCCACGCCCUGGACGAUCGCGACCAAGCUUGGUACGAACCCACUGAUGCCUUCACCGACCAUAUACGUGACCAGGUAUAUGUCUGGAUACCGGGACAACGACGGUAUGAACAGAACGGAACUAGUGCACCCGACCAGUGCCAUGGUGAACGUGAGCGCACAGAGCACGACACUGUGUGGUUGGCCGAACACAACGCCCGUCACGUCGUACAACCCGGCCAACAGGAGCACGGACGUUACGCCGGAAAUAAGCACGGCGAUCGUCAGCGGCCUGUCGUAUCGGUUUCCGUACUUCCGGCGCCAGGCACUGUACAGCAGCGGGCCCACGUUUCCGAUUUGUAUGGCUAUCGACAAGUACGACGGCAAGUUCCAGCCUUCGGGCGCGCUUUGCACGAGCAACGGAAGCUGCGUAUAUAGACUGUUGACCAGUAUCCAAGCACCCACGCCGAACAUGCACGUCAACAGGUCCAGAAACCUGCAAAUUGACAAACAAAAACAACCAUUAGAAACUUGUUUAAAUGUUUGAGUAUGUUAAGAAUAUAAUAUUUAUGUUACAUAUUAUGAUAUUUAGGUACUUUUAUUAUACCUAUUGGCUAUUAAUUAUAUAGGUAUAUCGUAUAUGAUAAUUAUUAUAGAAUUUUUUUUUUAUGGCCUCGGUGUCUAGUCGUACUAGCUUUUUUUAAAAGUUUAAUAUAAGUGACUUAAUUUAAA